GUCACAGACAAGGACGAAAUAGGGAAGGGAAGUUUCGGGUCCGUGAUGAAGGGAAACUACAUUCCCGAGAAGAAAACCGUGGUGGUAAAGCGAUUUUUCGGCGAGGGAGACUCAAAUCUGAGGAUCGUAGCAAAGGAGGCGAGGAUGUUGCAAAAUCUACGGCAUCCUAAAGUCGCAGAGUUUGUUGCUGUUUGUCCUAAACCGGUGGCUAUAAUGAUGGAAUAUGAAUGUUUUGAUUUCUUUCCAUUCGGUCUUGAUGUUCAGGUUUCAGAUCUACUCGAUUUGUUGCACUGCCUGGAUCGAAUACAAACUGUGGAAGCCUUUAAACACUUUUUACCUCUUUUUCCCAAGGCAGCGAUUGAUAUCGCUGAGGGACUUGAAUUCUUGCAUUCAAGGAACGUGGUACACCGCGACUUAAAACCAGGGAAUGUCCUGGUCAGUAACAAGCACUACACGCGACCGGAAGUCGAGAGACAUCAAUUUGAAGAUUUGUUCUUCGUUGAGCCAGUGGUCUGCAAACUAACUGAUUUUGGUGAAAGUCGCUCACAGUUACUUCAAACU